AUGUGGAUGAGAAUGGAUGGGUCUUUAUCUCAGACCGAUAGAAGGCAAGAAACAAUUAAUGUGCAUGGAUUAGUAGAGACCUUUAAAGAUUUGAUGCCUAAUGCAGAGCACAGAUUUUGUGUUAGGCAUUUACAUGCAAAUUUCAAGAAGGAUUUUCCUGGGAAGAUACUCAAAGAUGCAAUGUGGAGUGCUGCUAGGGCAGCAACAAAGAAUUCUUUUGACUUCCACAUGGAUGAGUUGAAGAAGCUAGAUGUGAAGGCAUAUGAGUGGCUUGUGAAGUUAGAUGUGAGAACAUGGAGCAGACAUGCUUUUAAUCCAAGAAGCAAGAGUGACACUCUAGUAAACAAUAUAGCAAAGUCUUUCAAUGCUUGGAUUUUGGAGGCUAGGGAUAAACCAGUGUUGACAAUGAUGGAGAUCAUAAGAGUGAUGUUGAUGCAAAGGUUGCAAACCAAAAGAGAUCAUAUGAGAAGGUAUGAAGGGAGGGUUUGUCCAAGAAUCUAUAAAAAGCUUGAGAGGAUAAAAAGCGAGGUUGGACAUUGCAUUUCUCGUUGGAAUGGAGAGUCCAAAUAUGAGGUGGAGUAUAUUUAUGGUGGAAGAUAUGUGGUGGACUUGAAUGAGAGGACUUGUGGUUGUGGGAGAUGGGGAUUGAGUGGAAUCCCAUGUUUUCAUGCUGCUGCUGCAAUAAUUGAGCAUGGAGAGCAACUUGAGACUUACGUAGACAUUGCUUACACUAAGGAGACAUUCCUAAGUUGUUACCAAUGGAUGGUAAGCCCACUUCCAAGCCAUGAACAGUGGCCAAAAACACCCUAUGACCCAAUCAAGCCCCCAAAAUUUACAAAGAAAGUAGGCAAGCGUAAGAAGGUAAGAAAGAGGGAGGCAGGAGAACCUAUUAAUGCAUUUAGGGUGAGCAAGAAAGGAACUGCCAUGAAAUGUGGGAAUUGUUUCCAGUGGGGCCAUAAUCAAAGAACUUGUAAAGCUCCUGAUAACCCCAACAAGAAGGCUUAUAAAAAGAAAAAGAAAGGGCAAUUAGGACAAUCAUCUACAUCUGGAGCUAAAGGGAGUAAAAAAUUAUUGGGUACACAGCAAUCAAAUAUAGGUAAUCAACAGUCAAGUCAAAGUCGUACAAAGGACAACACUAGUGGAAGCAAGAAGGAUAAGGGAAAGGCUAAGGUUUAG